UAUGGAUAAUCCGUUCAAAUCCAACGGCGAACUCUCGCAAAAAGCUGAAUUUAUGCUGAGAAAUUCAACUAUCACAAGGACGGCAAUAAGUAUAGCUGAUCCGGAUACAAGUGCUGAUUCUACAAAUCACGAAGAAAUACUUCAAAGUUCAGCAUCCGCCUUAAAUUCGGCUCCACCGCAAACGAAUGGCGAUACAACACCUCAACAAGUUGAGGUUAAGUUAACACGAAACGAAGAUUUAAAGCCAUGUAAAGGAGAAAAAGUUGCUUCUAGCAAAGCUAAAUGCUGUACUAUUAUGUAA